AUGAUAAUAUUUCUGGAAGAAGCUUCAACGGGAGGAGUUUUCCGGAAUCCAAAGCCAGAACCUCCGGGUUAUAGGCCACAUAAAGUUCUUCUACCACCGCGUCACAUAAAGCUGGGAUUGAUGAAGCAAUUUGAGUUUCCAGGCCUCUCGGAGGCUACGUUGAAGGAAGGUGUUUCUGUUGGACCAGAUAUUAGACGACUUAUGACUGAUCCACAAUUCAUCACAACCAUGACGGAUCUUUAA